AUGAAUAAAAAGAAACAAAUAAUAACAACAAUUACUUUAUUAUCAUUCAUUAAUUUAUUUUCAAUAGUGAAUGCAAUAAUUAAAGUUAAUCCAGCAAAUCAAUUUUUUAUUGAUCAAUAUAAUAGAGUUCGUUUAUUUCAUGGUGUAAAUGUUGUUUAUAAAAUUCCACCAUUUCAUCCAAGUUUAGAAGGAUUUGAUCCAGUUACAUCAUUUUCAUCACAAGAUAUUGAAAAUUUAGUUGAAUGGGGAUUUAAUGCAGUUAGAUUGGGUGUAAUGUGGCCAGGUGUAGAACCAGUAAAAGAUGAAUAUAAUCAAACCUAUUUAGAUGUAAUGUCAAAAUUAGUUAGUGAGAUGGAAGAUAAUGAAAUUUAUACACUGAUUGAUUUCCAUCAAGAUUUAUUAUCAAGAAAGUAUUGUGGUGAAGGACUUCCAGAUUGGAUAGUAUCCAAUGAUACAAAUGAUAGUUUCCCAUCACCAGUUGCACAUUCAUAUCCAAAGAAUAAUGAAUCCUAUCCAUCAUUAGAUCAAUGUUUAAAUAAAGAUUUUGGAGUAUAUUAUUUUAGUGAAGAUGUGAAUCGUGAAUUUCAAAAUCUUUACGAUAAUGUUAAUGGUGUUCAAGAUAAAUUCAUUGACUACUGGAGACAAGUAGUAAACACAUUCAAAUCCUAUGAUACAGUAUUAGGUUAUGAAAUUAUUAAUGAACCAUGGGGAGGUGAUAUUUACCAAAAUCCAGAGUAUUUGCUUAAAUUGGGUUAUGCAGACUCAAAGAAUCUUUUACCACUAUAUCAAGCAGUGAAUAAUGCCAUUAGAGAAUUGGAUGAUCAACAUUGUGUAUACUAUGAAAAAGCAUUGACUGAUUUGUUUCAUUCUUAUUUCCCAUCUGGUACACCAGGUGGUGUCCAAUACAAUGAUAGACAAGUAUUAUCCUAUCAUAUCUAUUGUGCGACCGACCGUGAUGGUAAUCCACGUCAUGAAUACGUUUGCGACGGAGAAGAUGACAUAUUUCUAGUUAGCGCUAUGAAAGAUUUAAAACAAACUGGUGGAGGUGGCUUUAUGACAGAAUUCGGUGCAGUCUCCAAUGGAACCAAUUCAAUUGAAAUGUUGAAUUACCUAACUGGUUCAGCUGAUAAAUAUUUACAAUCAUGGACUUACUGGCAAUUAAAGUAUUACAAUGAUAUCACUACUGCAGGUUCAACAGAAUCACUCUAUUUACCAAAUGGUGAAUUGGACAUUCCAAAAAUUACAGCCCUCUCUCGUACCUAUGCUCAAGCAAUUGCAGGUGUGCCAUUAUCAAUGUCCUUCAAUCCUGCCAAUAGUGAUUUCUCAUUCUCUUACAACAUCAAUACAACCAUCACUCAACCAACUCAAAUCUAUUUAAAUCAAGAUAUUUAUUAUCCAAAUGGUUUCACUACAAAUAUUAUAACUGGUACUGCUACUGUUUCAAUCCCUCAAAAAAAUUUAAUUUAUAUUUUACCAAAUUCAAAUACAAUUAAUCAAUCAACAAUUACAAUUACAAUUUUAAAAAAAUAA